UCCUCCCCUCCCCGCCGCACCGACGAGGCUGCGGGGCCGGAGGGGAAGGCGGUGCUGCCUGCGGGGAGGAAGCCGGAUGAAGCCCCUUGGGCAUGCAGAGAGCCGCGGGGACCCUGCCCUGGAGCCCAGCGGCGGCAUCAGGAAGACAGCUGCCUUCAGAUGAUACAGAAUUCACUGACAGUUGCUCUUGCUCCAAUCGUGCUUCAUGAGAACUUCAGAAGAUACUAACUGAGCAGAUGGUACGUGAACAAUACACUACAACAACACCAGGCACUAGCCUAGAGAGGCCAAAGAAUGAAUAUGUCUACAAAAUUGGAAUUUAUGGCUGGAGAAAGCGUUGCCUCUACCUGUUUGUUCUUCUACUGCUAAUCAUCCUAGUUGUGAAUUUUUCUUUGACAAUUUGGAUUCUUAAAGUGAUGUGGUUUUCUCCAACUGGAAUGGGACAUCUACGUGUUACAAAAGAAGGCCUUCGUCUGGAAGGGGAAUCAGAAUUCUUAUUCCCUCUUUAUGCCAAAGAAAUACAUUCUAGAGUGGACUCGUCACUGCUUCUCCAGUCUACUCACAAUGUGACUGUGAAUGCUCGCAAUUCAAAUGGAGAAGUUACAGGCAGAUUAAACGUGGGUCCUAAAAUGGUAGAAUUCCAUGGACAGCAAUUUCAGAUCAACUCAAAGGAUGGCAAGCCACUUUUUACAGUGGAUGAAAAUGAGGUUGUAAUUGGCACAGAUAAACUUCGAGUCACAGGUCCUGAAGGAGCACUUUUUGAACACUCUGUAGAAACACCGCUUGUGAAGGCAGAGGCUUUUAAACAGCUUAGGCUGGAGUCACCAACGCGAUCUUUGAGCAUGGAUGCGCCAAGAGGCAUUAAUAUCAAAGCGCAAGCAGGGAAUAUUGAAGCUCUUUCCCAGAUGGAUAUCAAACUACACAGCAGCGAUGGUGUGCUUUUGCUCGAUGCAGAAACCGUGCGACUGCCUAAGCUGCCUGAGGGUACAAGAGGUGGAUCUGGUAUUUCUCAGGGGCUGUAUGAAAUCUGUGUUUGCCCGGAUGGCAAGCUUUAUUUGUCAGUGGCCGGCGUGGGCUCCACGUGCCAAGAAUACAGCCGUGUCUGCCAAUGAAGCACUAGAAAAGGCGGCACGCCCUCGCUAUUCUCAGUUUUGUAGUAUUGCUAAUGAGUAUUUACUGAAAGUGGAAUUUUCAGAAUUUUAAAAACAAAGUACUUCUGUUUGUGAAACAAAUCUGUAUCUACAACUCUGGACUACAGGGUGAAAGGGGAAGAAGAGCACAAAUGACAUUUCAACUUCAGAAGAAUGACUUGAGUCAGACGAUACGUUCUGGCAGUGAGACUUUGAAAACAGCCUGACAGAGAGCAUAAGGAAAAAUAAAAGGAGUAUGUGUUCUUGCUGAACUAUUAUUCUGGCAGAUGAUUAUGUCAUUACUAAUAUUCUGAACUCCGUGGUUUUUUUCUCUCACUACAUGUAAAUACUUACUGCAUUAGUGGGUGAAAUUAAAUUGAGGGAACUACUUGAAUUAUUUGAUAAGACAAAUUGAUAAGACAUUGUUUGGGGAAUUAAGACAGUGCCAGCAAAUGGUCUAUGCAAUUUUGUUCUUGCAAUAACACAAAAUAGGAAAGAUGUGCUAUUUGUAGAAGUCCCGUGUAAAAGGUGUUAACUUGCUAAUAGCUUUCUAUUUUAAUUUUGCAACAUACAUGCUGAUUUGCAUAUUACUGAGAUUCACAUAAAAAUAACAAAUACAAAAAGUUACAGGAGUUAUUUAUACCUUCUGUGUCUUCAAUGCUGUACACUAAAGAGAAGAGAAAUAUGUUUGUAUAUUUUAUAAUAGCAAUAGUUUGUUGUACUGCCUGUACCAUCACACUCAUUUUAACCCCUUUUUGAUUUUAGGACACACUAAUCCAACAAGGCAAUUUACUCUGCCAGCUCGACUAGUAAAAACAAAAUAAUCCUUAAUGUGGCUCCAGAUUGUCUGCUACAAGGAACUGUUUGGGCGGUGAGGAAAAAAAAAAAUACUUUUUUGCAGCCUACAGGAUUCAAUUAUGAGGACUAUUUCAUUUCCAUCUGCAGCUGUUGACUGAUACCUCUGAUCCUAUAAGAGUGGGACUCCAUCACAAAUGGAGGGAGUAAAAUCACUCUUUAUUAUUUUUUAUGUUAGGAAUCAGGAUACAAAGUAAAUGCUCACCAGAGCUGACAAACCAUUUACUGACCUUGUAGAGAAACACAACUGCAGACCCAUUCCCCUGUACAGUGUUGCACUGAACACAAAUAAAUUGUUUGCAC